GUGUCAGCUCUGUGUCCUGCGCAGCGAUGGGGACCGGGGGGAUCCCGGGGGCCAGGAGCCACUGGGCUGGAGCUGUGUUGGUGGCACUGGCAGUGCUGGGAACCCACAUGGCUCAUUGCACGGAGCUCCCAGAGCAUUUCCUGUACCAGGACAAGCACGAGUGUCUCUACACCAACAGCACCCAGCGCGUGAGGUACGCGAACAGGUACGUCUGGAACCAGCAGGACUACGUUCACUUCGACAGCGACCUGGGCGUGUUCAUGGCUGACACGGAGCUGGGGGAGCCUACCGCCAAGUGCUGGAACAGCCAGAAGCAGGAGCUGGAGUACAGACGGGGCUCAGUGGACAGGUACUGCCGACGCAACUACGGGGUGUUUGAGCGAGGCCACGUGAUCAGCCGCAGCGGGCAGAAAACCAGAAGGGUCUCGCUCGUCUCCGAGAAGACAAGCUUGUUGCUCUUGGCACGGGGCAAGUCACUGCAUUCUGGGGGUAACAGGAACCUCAUCCAGAUGAGCAGGGAUGCUGGUGUCCUGUGCUUAAAAAUCCCAGAUUCUGUGAUUAAAAAACCCAAAUCCUCAUUUUUCCAUGACUAAAAUGAAACUCCCCUGUAUAUAGAGGUGUUAGCUGCACACAAGGUUUAUUGAGAUAUUUACUAUUUUAAACCAAUUUGGAAACCAGCCAGUGCCUCAGUCAUUACAAUAAAAUACA